UGCUGACGCCUGAACCCGGAAGUGCGUCUUCCCUUGGCAGGCGCGCGGGGCCGGCGGCUGCGUUACCGCCGGGCGUUCCGGCGGCGCGGGGAUGGCGGCCGCCGCGGAGCUGCAGGCGAAGUACCAGAAGCUGGCGCAGGAGUACUCCAAGCUUCGAGCUCAAAACCAAGUAUUGAAAAAAGGAGUCGUAGAUGAGCAAGCAAACUCUGCUUCUUUGAAGGAGCAACUAAAAAUGAAGGAUCAGUCGCUGAGAAAACUCCAACAAGAAAUGGACAGCUUGACCUUUCGAAAUCAACAGCUUGCCAAACGGGUGGAGUUACUUCAAGAUGAACUUGCACUAAGUGAAGCUAGAGGCAAGAAGAACAAGAAAAGUGCGGAAUCUUCAUCUCAGUUGAGUCAAGAGCAGAAAAGUGUCUUCAGUGAAGAUCUUCAGAAGAAGAUAGAAGAGAAUGAACGAUUACAUAUACUUUUCUUUGAAGCAGAUGAGCAGCACAAGCGUUUAGAAGCGGAGCUGCGGACUAGACUUGAGGUUCUGGAAACUGAUGCUGCUCAGCAUCAGGCUGUGGUGGACAGUUUAACAAGGAAAUACAUGGAUACCAUAGAAAAGCUGCAGAAUGAUAAAGCCAAAUUAGAAAUCAAGUCUCAGACACUAGAAAGAGAAGCUAAGGACUGUAGGCUUCGAACCGAAGAAUGCCAGCAACAGUUAAAGAAUCUUCAAGCAGCUUUGGGCAGUAGACUGGAAGAAUCUCUAUGCAUAAUCAAUGAAAAAGUACCUUUUAAUGAUACAAGAUCUAAUCGAUACAAUGCUCUGAAUGUACCAUUACACAACAGAAGAUACCAGCUGAAGUUGCGAGACCUUGCUGGCCAGGCCCUGGCUUUUGUUCAGGAAUUCGUAACCGCUCUCUUAAACUUCCAUACAUACACUGAGCAGAAGGUACAGAUUUUUCCCAUUGAUUCUGCAACAGAUACUAUAUCACCAUUAAAUCAGAAGUUUUCACAGUAUCUUCAUGAAAAUGCCUCGUAUGUUCGCCCUCUAGAGGAAGGAAUGCUUCAGUUGUUUGCGAGUAUUACAGAAGACACUGUGACAGUCCUGGAAACAGCUGUGAAAUUGAAGGCCUUCUCAGAACAUUUAGCUUCCUACUUAUAUUUUCAAAGAAAGAUUCUUCCUUACCAGUUAAAAAGUUUGGAAGAAGAGUGUGCGUCUUCUCUUUGCACAGCUGCUUUAAGAGCUAGGAAUAUGGAGCUACACAGAGACAUGAAAAGGUUGACUGCAGUCUUUGAGAAGCUACACACAUACAUUAGUCUUCUCGCAUUACCAAGUACAAAACCAGAAGGACUUCUUAGGACAAAUUACAACUUGGUGUUUGCAAACAUUGCCACGAGUCUUCAUGGAUUUCAUGACAUUUUAAAAGAGAUUUCCAAGCACUACAGUCAGAAAGCUACUUUAGAACAAGACCUUCCAACUGCCACACAGAAACUCAUAACUACAAAUGACUGUAUUUUAUCCUCUCUUGUGGCUUUAAUAAAUGGAGUGGGCAAGAUUGCCUCCUUCUUUAGCAACAACUUGGAUCACUUCACUGCUUCCCUCAGCUAUGGCCCUAAAGGAGGAGCAGAGUUCAUCAACCCUCUUUCAGCUGAGUGUAUGCUGCAGUACAAGAAAAAGGCAGUUGCUUACAUGAAGUCUUUAAAGAAGCCUUGUGCAGAUUCUGUGCCUUAUGAAGAGGCUUUGGCCAAUCGCAGAGUUCUUCUGAGUUCCACAGAAAGUAGAGAAGGUCUUGCACAACAGGUCCAGCAAAGUCUGGAGAAAAUUGCAAAACUUGAACAAGAGAAAGAACACUGGAUGUUAGAGGCUCAGCUAGCUAAAAUAAAGCUAGAGAAAGAAAACCAAAAACCAAAGAAUUCUUUUAGUGGACAUUUAACUGAAAAUACACAAGAGCACUCUAUUUUGCCACAUAUAGCUGAACAAAAGAAGGAAACGACAGAAAAGAGUCCAAGGGAACCUAUUAAAAGUACUAGUCUGGUUGGAAUGUUGAGUAUAACUACUGAUAAUGAAAAGGCUCCAGAUGGUGAGUCUCGUGAAGAUCUGAUAAAAAAUCACUAUAUGGCGAGGAUAGCAGAGCUUACAUCUCACCUGCAGCUUGCUGACAGCAAAUCAGUACACUUCCAUGCUGAGUGUCGAGCACUUGCCAAAAGACUGUCUUUAGCAGAAAAAUCUAAGGAAUCACUUACGGAAGAGCUGAAACUAGCCAGUCAAAACAUCAGCAGAUUACAGGAUGAGCUGAUGACUACAAAGAGAAGUUAUGAGGAUCAGUUAAGUAUGAUGAGUGACCAUCUCUGCAGUAUGAAUGAAACUUUAACUAAACAAAGGGAAGAAAUUGAUACACUAAAGAUGACUAGUAAGGGAAACUCUAAAAAGAACAAAAAUCGAUAGCUUACAGCUAAUCAGCUGUCUUCAGAAGCUGCUGCUGCACAGGAUGCAGUUAAUGAACAUACAUUGUCCAAUUCCUGUUUGUUACAGGAAGGAGAGGUGGUAUUUGGUAUAGUACAAACUGCUUUGGUGCUGUAAAUGGCUUUAAAAUAUUUAGAACUUGUAACAGAUAAACCAGAACUUAAUGUUGUCUGUAAACCAGGAAAUACACACUCUGUGGAUAAUUUAUAUAGUAAUUACCUUCCGUUUUUACUGUGCACUUUUCAAAACUAGGUUUUAAUUUCAUGUAAUAACUUCAGAUUUUGUAUAUUUUCAAAUAUGAUCUGCAUUAACAAGUUUGGAUCAGUGAUGUAGUUGUCUAUGUUUGAGUUACCUGUUAAACUGUCAACAUGUCUACAUUCCUUUACUUGUAACAGCUUAAAAAUUAAUUUUGGGACUUUUUUGGCUGUGAAAGUUGUGCUGUUAAUGUGAAUAUCUUUAUCCUGUUCUCCGAACUUCUGAAUUAAUUGGAAUUGUGGCUUUAAAUUUUUUCUAUAAAUUCACACAAUAAAUGGGAUCACUAUUUCAUUGUAGAUUGCAA